UGAUCUAUUCAAUGUUAUAACAAUUUAUAAAAGAAUAGAUAAAAGAUUUUUUCACUCAUAAGAAAAAAAAUCAUCAUGAUCAAUUUCAAAGUAUCCGCACCGGGCAAAGUGAUCUUACACGGAGAACACGCGGUGGUGUAUGGAAAAACUGCUGUGGCUGCCAGCUUAAACUUACGUACCACUGUUAAAUUCACCGAACUGCUUGACCCAGAUUUAAGAGAGCCCAUAAUUAAAAUAGAAUUCCCUCAUGUCAAAUUAUCUUUGGAUGUUCCUUUAUUCGUAUUACAUAACGCCUUUUUUGAUGUCAAUAAUUUUAAUUAUCCGAAGCUUAAGGAAUGUAAUCUGUUGCAUAGUUAUGUGCAAAAUUUUCUCAGUUUGAUAGACAAUUUAAUAGACAGCAACGAUGAAAAAGUUAUUAAGCAGCAGAGAUUAAGCCUGCAAGCGUUCUUUUACUUACUCGUUUGUAUCACCUACGAAGAACAUAUUGAUAUAAAAGAAGAUACUUCCUUCUACGUACACUUGUCUACGGAAUUGGAGAUUAGCUCUGGUUUGGGCAGUUCGGCAUCGUUCGCGGUAUGUCUCGCGGCGUGCUUUCUACACUGGUCACGUCUACAGAGGGGCGAUCACGAUACGUUUAGCAAGGACGAGCUCGACAAGAUUUCGAAAUACGCUCUAAACUGCGAAAAAAUUAUGCACGAGUCCCCGUCCGGGAUCGACAAUAGCGUGUGCACAUACGGUUCGGUAAUAAAAUUCCAGAACAAAGAGCUGGUGGACGUGUUACCACGUGUGCCGAAUCUGAAGAUUUUGCUGGUCAAUACGAAUGUUGCUCGGAGUACGAAGGAUCAAGUGAGACGCGCGGCGCGUCUGAAAGAAUCGUAUCCUUUGAUCGUCACUCCCGUUUUGGACAGUAUCGACGCUCUGUCGGAGAGUGCUUGGGAAGCGAUCAAAGAAAUGAGCAGCGGAGCUGAUGACUCUACAGAACCUCUGGAUGAUGAACCUGAUUGGUAUAAAACAUUAUCGAUGUUCAUCCACAUGAAUCAAGGAUUACUGAAGACAUUAGACGUGUCACAUCCGAAAUUAGAUACAAUCUGCGCAUUGGCAUGGCAAGAGACUUAUGCGGGGAAGCUCACAGGUGCUGGCGGAGGUGGAUAUGCAUACAUUUUGCUGCCGCCGAACGUUGAAAAUGAAUCUAUCGAGUUUCGAACUUUUUUACUGCAAUUAGAGGCCAAGGGUUUUGAUGUCACGAUGACCAGUCUAGGUGGCAGCGGGGUGAAAAUUGAACAUUUAGAAUAAAUUAAAAUUAUAUAUUCAUAAUUAAUCGAAUAUAUUAAAAUAACUUAUUAGUAUAACAAUGGCAUUCUUUACGGAAAAAUGGGGAAAGAGUACAAUUUUUACAUUCUCUACACUUAACAAAGAUAAUAAAGCAUAUAUUUGUUAAAUAAA